CGUCCGGCCAGGCCUCCGCCCUCCGCUCGCCUCCCGCUGCCGUUAGGGAGGUUCUGCGUCUUUGGUGCUGCUUUAGUCGCUGCUCCCACCUCCCCCCUUCCUCCGAGUCUCUGCCGCCACCACCGCCGGGGGCAUCCGGGGGUCGCUUACCGGGCUGGCCCCGCGCCACAGCCUUCGCGUCAGCCUCCCGGCAGCGGCCACCUCGGGAAGAAGCUCCCCCGCCGCGGCGCCACUUGGGGCCUCAGUUCUCUCUCUGUUGCAGUCGCCGCGGGUCCUGGAGAAGCGGCCGCGGCCGGGGAGCUGGGCGUCGCGGUUCCAACGAUUAACUGCUGAAGUACUGAUAGAGUUCUGCGUUUCUUCAAUGAGGAACUACAGGCUGAUCUUCUGCCAUAAUCUCAAACAACCAUAAAUGACAAAAGAAUGCUUGCUCAGUGAGGGUAGCUGGUGCAGAAGUCGUUUUUUAAACUUAGGUGUUUAAGUACUCAAAGAAAAGACAGCUUUGAUUUCUGGCUGCAAAAAAGAUAUGAGGAAGAGCUCCUCCCCUUCCUUGAGUAACUGCAACUCUGUUCUUGCUAACAAAAUAUUUGGAAUUCCACUUGAUGAGCUGCAGCAGGGAGGACAUCCAGACAAUGAGGUCCCGUUCAUAGUCCGCCACGUGGUGGACUAUAUUGAGGAACAUGGCGGUCUGGAGCAACAAGGACUUUUUCAAGUCAACGGAAAUGCUGAGACAGUGGAGUGGCUUCGGCAGAGAUAUGACAGUGGAGAAGAGGUGGAUUUGGUUAAGGAAGCAGAUGUUCCCUCAGCUAUUAGUCUUCUCAGGUUUUUCCUUCAAGAACUUCCUGAGCCUGUUAUCCCUGGCAGUUUGCAUAUUCACUUGAUGCAGCUUUCUCAAGAUGAUAAUAAUGAAGAUGAAUUUGGAAGAAAGUUGAGGUUCCUCUUGCAACAACUUCCACCUGUUAAUUAUAGUUUGUUAAAGUUUCUGUGUAGAUUUUUAGCCAAUGUAGCAUCACAUCAUGAAGAGAUUUGGUCUGCAAACUCUUUGGCUGCUGUCUUCGGUCCAGAUGUCUUCCACAUUUACACAGAUGUGGAAGAUCUGAAAGAACAAGAAAUAGUGAGUAGGAUAAUGGCUGGACUUCUGGAAAAUUACUAUGAAUUUUUUGAAAAUGAAGAGGAAGACUUCUCAUCUAAUGAUUUGAGCUCAAUUACUGAACAGGCAGGUAGCAGCGUUCUCCACAAACUGGAGUCUGGAGAGCAGGCAUUUCACGAGGCCCUAGAGAAGGGAAUUACAGCAGUCAAAGAAAGAAGAGAUGUCAAUGAAAUUUCUGAGGAAGAAGAGGAAGAUGAAAAGCUGGAGCAUAUAGAAGAACUUCCAGAAGAGGGUGCAGAAAAAUCUAAUGACAUGCCAGAGGUGGUACAAUUAAGAAUGACUGAAAACAUCCUGGAACCAAAUAGUGUUACCGCAUCAACAAGGGUUGAUAUUGCUGAUGAUAUUACUAAUGCCAGUGAAAGUAACAGAGACUGUUCAGAACCUGUGACUAGCACUAAUUUAGACAAUGAAGUUAUGCAGCAAGAUUUUAUAUUUGAGGAUGAAGAAAAUAUCCAGUCUGUAGGUAUACUGUUAGAGCCAUGCAGUGGCCAUGGUGAUAGUGAAGAUGGCUAUCUUGAUAGGGAAGAAUACUGGUCAUUUGACAGUGAUAAAUUGUCACACUUGAUACUGGAUUCUAGUAGCAAGAUAUGUGAUUUGAAUGCCAACACUGAAUCAGAAAUGCCAGAAGGUCAAAAUGUUGGUGGUCAAGGGGAAACAACAUGCAUUCAGAUUCCACAUUUAGAUCUGAAGAAUAUUUCUGAUGGUGAUAAAUGGGAAGCGUCAUGCCCUAUCACUUUUCCCCUCAUUGAUUUCAAAACAAUGCAUCUGCAGAGAGAUGGGGAGGAGCCAUUUCCUGCUUUUAAGUCUUGGCAGGAAGACUCUGAGUCUGGAGAAGCUCAGCUCUCUCCACAAGCUGGAAGAAUGAAUCAUCAUCCCCUGGAAGAAGACUGUCCUCCAGUAUUAUCACACCGUAGCUUAGAUUUUGGGCAAAGUCAACGUUUCCUACAUGAUCCAGAAACAUUAGAUUCCUCAUCUAAAGCACUUUCUUUUGCUAGAAUUCGAAGAUCAUCUUUUAGUUCAAAAGAAGAAAAAAGAGAAGAUAGAACACCAUACCAGUUGGUCAAGAAACUUCAGAAAAAAAUCAGACAAUUUGAGGAACAGUUUGAAAGGGAGAGAAAUAGCAAGCCCUCCUACAGUGAUAUUGCAGCUAAUCCAAAGGUAUUAAAAUGGAUGACUGAGCUUACCAAACUGCGGAAGCAAAUUAAAGAUUCGAAACACAAAAGCUCUGAUGGAGAAUUUGUACCUCAAACACGUCCACGUAGCAACACUCUUCCAAAAAGCUUUGGCUCUUCUCUAGACCACGAAGAUGAAGAGAAUGAAGAUGAAUCUAGGGUCAUUCAGAAGGAGAAGAAGCCAUCUAAGGAAGCAACACUUGAACUUAUUCUGAAAAGAUUGAAAGAAAAGCGUGUUGAGAGGUGUCUUCCAGAAGAUAUCAAAAAAAUGACAAAAGAUCAUUUGGUGGAAGAGAAAACAUCUCUCCAGAAAAGUCUUCUUUACUAUGAAAGUCAACAUGGAAGACCGGUGACCAGGGAAGAAAGACACAUUGUUAAACCUCUCUAUGAUAGAUACAGACUUGUAAAGCAGAUGCUGACAAGAGCUAGCAUCACGCCUGUUCUUGGUUCUCCAUCCACCAAGAGGAGAGGUCAGAUGUUACAACCAAUCAUAGAAGGAGAAACUGCACAUUUUUUUGAAGAAAUUAAGGAAGAAGAAGAAGAUGGUGUUAGUUUGUCCUCUGAGUUAACCGAUCUCUUGAAAACUGCUGUGCAAGCACAGUCUUCAUUGGAAAACUUAGAAUCUGAUGUUGAAGAAAAUCAAGAAAAACUGGCUCUGGAUCUCCGAUUGUCAAGUACUCGAGCAGCUUCCAUGCCUGAAUUACUGGAACAACUUUGGAAAGCCAGAGCUGAGAAAAAGAAAUUACGUAAAACAAUACGGGAAUUUGAAGAAGCAUUUUACCAGCAAAAUGGAAGGAAUGCCCAGAAAGAGGAUCGUGUUCCAGUGCUUGAGGAGUACAGGGAGUACAAGAAAAUUAAAGCAAAGCUUAGGCUUCUUGAAGUUCUUAUCAGCAAACAAGAUUCUUCAAAAUCCAUAUAAAAUAUGCUCCUUGAAAAUCAUAAAGUCACUUGUAUUCUCUGAAGCUAUCAUCGUGUGUACUUGAAUUCAUUUUGUCAAGCACUCAGUCUCAUUUUGUACUUGGUUAUGGUGCCACUCAGAAAUGAUGAGAGGGUUAGUAAACCCUCUCUAGGGAGCACAAUGUUCCAUAUAAACCGCAGACUGUCGUCUCCACCUUUAGCAAAUACACACCUUUCUUCAUUGUUUUGUACUACAGAUACAUCUGGUUAGCAGAGGACUAGUAUUUUAUCCUUUCAACUUCAAGAACUUUGGAAAUACAACCUUUUUUGUUAAUAGCAACUUUUUUUCAUUACUGAAGAAAACUGAUAAAUUUUUUCACAUUGAAUCCUUUGAUUGCCUUUUUUUUUUUCUUACAGAAUGACUGAAAGUUUGAAAGAAAAGCCUAUACCUGUGCACAAAUGCAACUGUGCUUCUAUGUUUUCCUAGAAAACCAAAAUCAGCUGAAAUUCAAGCCCAACUGUGGAACAUUUUUCUGUUUAAUUCCUAAGGUGACUCUUUCUCAUGGGUAGUAUGUUAGCAAAAAUGUGCAAUUCACAGAGCUUCUGGAUGAAGAUAACAGUGGGUAGACCAAAAAGUGACCUUGCUUAUUAGUAUAGUGAAAACACACACCCCACAUUACACAUACAUCAUAUCACAUACUGCCUAUGGGACUUAAGUUAGGGAUUCUGUCUUCUUAGAUACUGUUUAUCAGCUGCUGGUGAUAGGACGUGUCUGUAUCAGAUUAUGCAUUUCCCCCCACCCACUUCCAGAUAAUGUGAGAAAAUAGCCAUGUCAGUAUGUAGGAAUUCUCGAUGGUGCUCAAAUUUGUGUGUUCAAUCAAAUGGGCUUAAAUUGGUAAAAGAAUCAUUAUGCUUGAAAUAAAUUUGUUCUUAACAAGGGCUAUACCACUGCAUUUUCAUUUGUACCUUCAGGGUGGCACCAUCCCCCCUCCCUCUCCCAUCCCUGUUCUAAUCAGAAUACAUACAGAAAUCAUCCUCUAAAGGGAUGGAUAGUCUUUUGCACAAUCACAUGCUAUUUAAAGCAACUAAUUGAUCACAAGAUAUGUAGUGGUAUGUCCCUUGCCCUACCUCUAAGCAUGUCUUUUUUUCUUUGGCUUUGCAUGGCUUUCUUGCAGGCACUCUCCUGGUAUAAUUCUGUUCAUCGUUUUCAUAGAAUGGUGACUUUAUUUAUACUAAGAAUGUAAUGGUCAUUAACAGCUUAUUCCAGGCUUUAUCUCUUUGUAUAACCAUUAUACUAUUUACCCCUGCCCCUCAGGCUUUAUCUCUUAAGUGUUUUUUUCCUGGUGCUUUCUUGAAGGGUGUUUCUCUUUGACUGUGCCCAUAUUUUGCAUGCAAUGAUUCAUGCAUGGUUUUCUUAACUAGCUAAUAUUAACAGUUUGCUUCAUACAAGAAUGAACUUUGGCAACAUCCUUUAUAAGGCGAGGAAAGCAUGAACCUCAGACUUUUGGCACUAUUACAGAGUAAGCACAUGAACUUAUCAAUAGUUUGAUAUUAAGUAGCAUUCCUAGUACUUCACAUUUCACCUGUGUGCAAUGCCUUUUUUGGGGGGAGGGGGUGGGGUUGUUGUGAUUCAUUGGUAGUGAACAUGUAGUUGAAUAAAAAAAAGCACUAACUCUAGCCCUUCUUGUGUGGUUUUCUUUUGUUACAGUUAGGUUGUUCAUAAUGUAUGCCUAAACAAGUGAAAUUGAAAAUGCCAAAAGGUGUUAUCACUUUGAUUUGAAUUCAUCAUGCAGUGUACAGACUUUGCAGUCUCCAGACAGGAAUAUAUCCAAGCAUCUAACUUAAUGUGCACUGUAUAUUAUUUUAUAUGAAUGUUUUAUUUUAUAUACCACAUGCAAAAUGUCCAUAUGCACUAUUUAAAUGUUUUAAAUAAUAUAUUCCUUCUUUAUAAUGCUAAAUCUAUAAGUACCUUAUUUUUAUAAGUCAGUGACCUGCCAGGUAUUUUAGAAUUAACAGCUGCUUCAUGAUUUUUGUUAUUUGCUGUUAAUGUUUGGCUGUGAGUAGAAUAAAGUUGGCAUGGCAGCAUUUGUGCUCUGUGACAGUAUUGUAUGUCAUAGAUGAGCAAUAGGUAGUAUAAUUAGUUUGUGGUAGUUUUACUUUGGUACAAGUAAACACUGUAUAUCUAUAUAUAAGUAAUAUAUAGAUAUAUGCAUAUAUAUAUGAUCCCAUAUAACUGCAUUCUUGUGUCUGACACUUCAUUGUAUAGACUUUUGUAAUAAAAGAACUUAAUGUUCUAA